CCAUCGCAUUGAACUCGUAGAACCUUGCAUAUUAAAUGCUAAUGUUAUUAUAAUACGCACUUCUUAAGCGGCAUUCAACCAAAUACAAACCAUUUAUCAAAAGCAAACAGAAUGAACAUGAAAAUAAUAUUUCUAGUAAUAUUUUUCUUCAUAACUUGUGUAAAAUGUAUUGAAAACAGUAAGAUUGAUAUGGUCAUGUCGUUUGUUACAUUGGAGAGUAAGCCUACAACUCUGCUUAUGCCCUUUACAUGUUGGAAUCAAUAUACACUAAAAUCUUUAGCCAGGAGUGUAUCUACAGUCGGGGCCGGUAUAGCCACGUCGCUGCAGUACAACAGAACGCAGUUCGGCAUUCAGUAUGUCUUGAUUAUCGCCGACUUGAGCUGCCCCGGUACUGACAGGUUUUUGGCUAGCAUAAACAAAUAUGGUUUCUUUAAAGCCCCAUACCGCUGGCUUCUGCUAGGUUAUGAGGAAGAUAUGACAGUUCUGAAUACUAUAGAUAUCCUGGUGGAUAGCGACUUGGUCGUCACGCAGAAGAUAAACGAAGAAGAAUAUGAGUUUCUUGAAGCUUACAAAAUAUCAGAAAACUCCGAAGUGAUCUUCACGAAGAGACUAAAAUGGCGUCCACAAAAACAAAAGAAUGCAGACUUCAGUUUAGCAGUUCUGGAUAAUGAGAAAACGUUUCCGAAGAUAUCUGUCAAUCAGUACGGUGUUAUAGAAGACCAUAGGACUUCUCUGGUGAUUUCUGCAAGAAGACGCGAUCUUAGAGGGCAUGUGUUAACCAUGGCUAAUGUUAUCACUGACAGCAAUGAGACCAGAAAACAUAUGAAUGAUAGAUUGAAUCUCCAUCAGGAUUCCAUCACGAAGAUGUCUUACGCUGUAGUGAAGAUCUGUUUCCACAUGCUGAAUGCCACAGAGAGGCUGAUAUUCACUCAUACUUGGGGUUACAAGGACAAGAAUGGACAGUGGCAGGGAAUCGUGGACCAUCUACUGAAGAAAGAGGCUGAUUUAGGUACCCUCACCAUCUUCACUCAGGAGCGCAUGAUGGCAGUAGACUACAUCGCUAUGGUGGGCUCCACAGCGGUUCGCUUCGUGUUCCGAGAGCCCCCCCUCUCGUACAUCUCCAACAUCUUCACGCUACCAUUCUCAGGAGCUGUCUGGCUCGCCAUCUUCAUCUGUAUCCUCGGAUGCUCCAUAUUCCUCUACAUAGCUUCGAAAUGGGAAGCCACCAUGGGUAUGCAUCCCUUACAAUUAGAUGGAUCGUGGGCAGAUGUUCUAAUAUUGAUUAUCGGAGCAGUUUUACAGCAAGGUUGUACUUUAGAACCACGAUAUGGAGCAGGACGCUGUGUGACCCUGAUCAUGUUUUUGGCGCUGACUAUCCUGUACGCGGCGUACUCCGCGAACAUCGUGGUGCUGCUCCGAGCCCCCAGCUCCUCAGUCAGGAGUCUGCCUGACCUGCUCAACUCACCACUCAAGCUUGGUGCCAGUGACUUUGAGUACAAUCGAUAUUUCUUUAAGAAACUGAAUGACCCAAUACGAAAGUCAAUUUAUGAGAAGAAAAUUGCACCUAAAGGAAAGAAACCAAACUUCUACUCUAUGAAAGAUGGAGUCGACAGGAUUCGAAAGGGUCUUUUUGCCUUCCACAUGGAGCUGAACCCUGGCUACAGGCUCAUUCAGGAGACGUACCAGGAAGACGAGAAGUGCGACCUGGUGGAGAUCGACUACAUUAAUGAGAUAGAUCCCUGGGUACCGGGACAGAAGCGAUCGCCUUUCAAGGACUUGUUUAAGAUCAAUUUCCUUAAAAUCCGUGAGUCGGGAGUCCAGGCCACCGUGCACCAGCGCCUGACGGUGGCGCGGCCCCGGUGCUCGGGCCACGUGUCGACCUUCAGCAGUGUCGGCAUCACCGACAUGUACCCGGCGAUGCUGAUGACGCUGUACGGCAUGCUGCUGGCCCCCGCCGUGCUGCUCAUGGAAAUCAUGUAUAAGAGGCUAAUAACUGUAAGACAGAAAAGACAUCUGGUGGGGCCAGACUACAUCCCAUUCCGACAUUAAGCUAAGGGCCAGAAUAAUGCUUCAAUCCAGGCCAGAGUACUGGCCAUUCAUCAUAUGUUGGGAAACCUUAGGUUUACCAAACGUCUUUAUGUUUUAGAAGCAUCAUAUUUCUAUUUGCACUUUAGAGUAGACUAGCAUUUUGACUGCACGGAUAUAGGCAAAACCUACUGGGCGCGUCUUUUAGCGGUUCGGAGCCCGGCGUAGACAGUCGCGAAAUUCAAAAUUCAUUAUUCUGAGUCUAUAUUAUGUCUUGCGUAUGUGACUUAAAUGUUUGUAGAACACCCUACGACACAACGAUUAAUUUCCUUAGCGGGGGAAGCGUUUCUUCUAAUUCUAAACCUUUAUAAGAUCCUUUAAGACAUUCCUUUCUUUCUUUUCCACAAGUAUUUCUUUACUAAAAAGAAGACCACUGCCUAAGAUUUAGAAGUAAAAGUUGUGAGAGUUAAAUAAACUAUUUAAUUUUAUAAAAAAGACAAAACAAAAAUCUUAGACCACAUUCAGGCACUAAAUGGUUAUUAUAAUGAAUUCACAUUAUCUAGAAUCGUUCACAAUAAAAAUGUCACAAAACCUGUGUUUUAUUCAUGUAACUUUCUUCUUGUUACGCUGUCAAAUAGAUAAUGAGACGAUUUGGAUGUCACCAUCGACGUUCUAAAGCUAACAAGGCGUGUCGUUAAAUAUUCAGAUGAUAAUGGUAGGUAAAUACGCCUUUUGUGAUAGGAAAAAACCUUGUUUGCAUUUUUUCUUACUGUCUUUCUUGGCUAUAUAGGUUUGCCCUGCGUUGCUUCUAUGUUAUCAUUUUUAAGACGCAGGUAUAAAUGGGGUAAA